AUGUUAAUACCUUACUGCGAGAAUUUGCCGUCGCACGUGCUCGUAGACGCCAGGAAGCUGUUGCACGCGAAGAAGAAACGAAGAAGGUGCACCGGCUGCUACAGAAAACUGUACGAAACUUACAGGGAUUCCAAAAUGGCGGCCGUCAAAUCGAAAACCGUGUACACUUACUGCGCCGAUUGCGCCAAACAGCCCGCGUUUUCAGCGUUCAAAUGCGAGGUGUGCGGCAAAUCGUACAAGAGCUACCCGUCGUUGUGGCGGCACAAAAAGCACGAGUGCUGCCAACCUAAGAGCUUCAUGUGCAAGUACUGUCGAAAGAUGUUCAGGCAGCGGUACGACGUCAAAGUGCACGUGCGCAACAUACACCCGCACAAAGCCGUCGAAUUCGACGAAGAGUACCGGCUGUAUUUCGGUGCGCCGUACUUGUGCAGGACCUGCGGGAAAUCCUACAAGGCUGCUACCAGUUUGAGGCGGCACGUGCGCGUCGAAUGCGGCAAAACCAAGAACAUGUUGUGCAUGUUCUGCGACCGGCGUUUCUACUACAAGCAGGAAUUGCAAUGUCACAUGUUCAACAGGCACAAACAAGACGUCGCCUUCGAAAAUUAACGAGAAAUGGUUAUCGCAUUAAAAUUUUAUUCUCUCGUGUUCGCUUACAAAUGUCCGGAGUGCGGGAAAGGCUACAACAACAAAAAGAGCUUCGCCUCGCACAUGCGGGAUGAUUGCGGGAAAAAAUUACCCUUCAAAUGCACCGUGGAGCAUUGCCCUUACUCGUCCAGCAGGCGCUCGAACCUUCAAAGGCACUACAGGAGCGUCCAUCGACAACUCACCGCAGAUCAUCCACAACAGUAUUUUCUCUUAUAACUUCUGUCUAGUGUUGAUUAUAGCAUUAAUCAGCUGUUGGUGGCCAUUUUAUUGAGUCCUAAUCAGCUGUUUGUAGCCAUAUUUGUAAGAUGUUGCCCCUUAUUGGUUGAUAAUCAGCUGUUUGUAGCCAUAUUUACAAGAUAUUGCCCCUUAUUGGUUGAUAAUCAGCUGUUUGUAGCCAUAUUUACAAGAUAUUGCCUCUUAUUGGUUGAUAAUCAGCUG